GCACAAAGUGGAUCCCGAUGGUGAACGGAGGAGUUGAAAAGGGCUCCAGGAUCCCCAUUAUUUUAGUGGGAAACAAGUCUGACCUGCAGGUGGGGAGCUCCAUGGAUGUCAUCCUGCCCAUCAUGAACCAGUUCUCGGAGAUCGAGACCUGUGUGGAGUGCUCUGCCAAGAACCUCAAGAACAUCUCUGAGCUCUUCUACUAUGCCCAGAAAGCUGUGCUGCACCCCACCGCCCCCCUCUAUGACCCAGAGGAGAAGCAGCUGAAACCUGCAUGUGCCCGAGCGCUGACCCGGAUUUUCAACCUCUCAGACCAGGAUAACAACCAGAUCCUUAGUGAUGAUGAACUCAACUACUUCCAGAAGUCCUGUUUUGGAAACCCACUGGCUCCCCAGGCCCUGGAGGACGUGAAGAUGGUUGUGUGGAAGAACACCACAGACGGGGUGCAGGACAACGGCCUGACGUUGAACGGCUUCCUCUUCCUCAACACGCUCUUCAUCCAGAGGGGCCGGCACGAGACCACCUGGACCAUCCUUCGCCGCUUCGGCUACGAUGAUGAGCUGGAGCUGACGGAUGACUAUCUCUACCCACAGUUCCGCCUUCCCCCUGGCUGCUCCACGGAGCUCAACCACUUGGGCUACCAGUUCCUGCAGCGGCUGUUUGAGAAGCACGACAAGGACCAGGACGGAGCCCUCUCCCCCGCAGAGCUGCAGAACUUCUUCAGCGUCUUCCCCUGCGUGCCCUGGGGCCCCGAGCUCUACAACACGGUAUGCACCACUGAUAAAGGCCUGCUUUCCCUGCAUGGAUUCCUCUGCCAGUGGACGCUCGUGGCUUAUCUGGAUGUGCGGCACUGCCUGGAGUGCCUGGGCUACCUGGGCUACCCCAUCCUCUCAGAGCAGGACUCACAGACACAAGCCCUCACGGUGACUCGGGAGAAGAGGAUCGACCUGGAGAAAGGCCAGACCCAGAGAAACGUCUUCCUCUGCAAGGUGCUGGGAGCCCGGGGCGCAGGCAAGUCCGCCUUCCUGCAGGCCUUCCUCGGCAGGAGCCUCGCGGCCCAGAGGGAGAGCCCAGGAGAGCCAUCCCUCUACGCGAUCAACACGGUGCAGGUCAACGGCCAGGAGAAGUACCUUAUACUGUAUGAGGUCAGCACCGACACGAAGUUCGUGAAGCCGUCGGAUGCAGCCUGCGAUGUCGCCUGCUUCAUCUAUGACCUAAGCGACCCCAGAUCCUUCAGCUACUGUGCCAGUAUUUAUAAGCAACACUACAUGGACAGCCAGAUCCCCUGUGUCUUCGUGGCCUCCAAGACAGACCUGCCAGAAGCAAGUCAGCAGCCCGCGCUCUCCCCUGCCGAGUUCUGCUACAAGCACUGCCUCCCACCACCCUUCCUCUUCUCCUGCCACAGCCAAGGCCCGCCCGGCACCACCAUCUACACCAAGCUGGCCACCGCUGCCACCUUCCCGUUAGUAUCCUUCCUGCAGAGGGG